AUGGGUCAACAAUUAUCGAAUAUUAAUUUAAAAGCUUUUGAUGCGACUAAUACAGAUGAUACAGAAUUUAAUUAUGAUACGAUCGCAUCGCGCAGUGGCGAUGAAAAUAUUUAUUUAUUUUCAUGGAUCAAAAAUCUUGAUGACAUGACAACAGGUUCAAUUGGAUUUGAUCAAAUUGCGAGUACUCACAUUCAAUUAAUCAAAAAAAUUCAAAAGGAUCUAUCUCUACUAACACAUAAAGCUGAUAUGAUGAAAAUUAAUUCUGAUAUCAACGAAAUACUUAUGACAGAUGUUUUUCCAUCGAUUUCUGUUCGUUGCAGAGAAACCAUCGAAGAAAUUAUAGGUAUUGUGAAACAACAAGAACAACUAGCGUUAAAUAUAUUUUUGAAACAAAAACUGAAAGAAAAUGAAAAUAUUGAUGAGUCUAUGUCUGCCGAAUCGUUUCACGAUACUUUUUCCGAGGAUAUAGAUGCAUGUAACAUCGAUGAUACAAUCGACAAUGACAAUACACAUGAAUCUAAUGUUGACAAACAAGAAAUUGAACAAGCCAAAUUUCAUUCUCAACAAGUAUCUUGUUUUUCCAUACAAUCAUUAACAUCCUUAUUGAUAAUUUUAAUUAAAUCAGCAGAAAAAAAUGAUCCAACAAUUGUUCAAGAACUAUUAACAUUGGCAAUUCAAUUGUGUGAUCAAAUUCCAAUAAACUCUUUCAAAUCGUCCGAAUUAUCACCAAUUAUUGACAAUCAUUGGCUCGAAUCAUUGAAACCAUUGACAAGUUAUAUAAAUGAAUUAUCAUUAUCGAAAAAUGUCAUGAUGGCAAAUAAAGCUAUGAAAAUUCUGUUGAGCUUUUCCAUUGCAAAAGCAUCAUUUAAAGACAUUCUACCGAUUCUAGGAAAAUUGAUAUUCAAUAAAGCUAAUGUUUACGAUGUUCGACGUUUAUUCAUUCGAUUGAAUCAUGUUUUGACCAAAGCUCUUAAUAAAAUGGAAAAGAAAAAGCAACAACAAAACCAUGAUUCCAAUGAUGAUAAAUUUGCACAAGACACAUAUGAUGACAUAACAUCGAAUGAGACAAUAGACUACUUGAAAAUAGUGGGCGCAUUUCCAAAUUCACGACUAAUUCGAUUGAAUGAAAAAGAAUUUACUGGACCAUUUGUUGCAUCUGUUAUUUUGUCACACAUUGAUUUUUAUAAUGGAACUCAUUCAAUAGAACAAUUCAAGCAGGGUUCAAUCGAUAGUUCAAUUUCAUUCGAAUUUCAUAUGGAUACAUUCGAACAAUUGUUUCAUAUUAUCGAACAAUUGACAAUAACCAAAACAAAGGAUUCAAGUAUAGUUAUUCGUCAUAUUCUAACUGUUUGUUUACGAUUAUUCACCACACAUUUGAAAUUUUUAUGUACUGUAACACCAACUCUUGACAGAGAUUUAGUUUUAACAAGUAAUGAGUGGGAAAAAACUGUUAAAACUUCUUCUAACAAACCAAAGUGUAAUAUCGAUUUAUCAAGGUUUACAAGCGACAAUAAAUUCAAACUAUGGUUUGAUUUAUUAUUAAAAUUAAUUUGCAAUGACAAUGAAAAUUUAGAACAAAUAACAAUUUGUCGAGAAGCAUCUAAAGCUCUGAUUUAUAUCAUCGAUAAAACAGUAUCAUCAUUUAUCGACAAAUUAUCAUUUUUUCAUACAUCUGUUAUUGAAAAUAAAUAUCCUCUGUUGAUUGAACAAAUAUUUCUAGAACUGAAGAAAAAUAUAAUCUUAUUAAGCUGGAUCGAAAUAUUAAUCAACGAAAAUACAAACAAGUCUGAGAAAACAGUAGCAUCAACCAUAUUGUUUUCAUUCGUUGAUAUUUGUCUCAAUUCAUCGAAUAAUAUAGAUCCAAAACACAAGGAACAAAUCAAACAAAUAUUAUUUAUGUUUCAAGAACUUUUAUUAAUUCGAUUAAUAUCACCAUCUCGAAUUGAAACUAUUCUAAAUGAUGAUAGAACUCAAAAUGAAUUACGUGAAUUUUCUAUUUCUCAUGAUUCUAUAUCGUUUGUAAUUAAUUACCUCACUUAUAUAUUAAAUAUGUGUACCGAUAAUGAUUUAUUGAAUUCUAUAUUUGUUGGUUUGUGUUUAAUGAUAAAAACAGAAAAUAUUUUUAAUUUUAACACAAUUCAACCGAUAAUCACGGCACUGUUGCCAAUAUUGGUAGAAUAUCUAUUGAAGAAUACUAUCAAUCAUGAACAUGAAAAAAAUAAUUUGUAUUCCAUAUGUUGGCUAAUAGGUAAAAUGAGUAAUGUAAUGAUUAUUGGUUCGGAACAGAAUUCAUCAGAAUUGAAAUAUAUUGAUAAAUUGAAAUCACCUCUAUUUUCUGGUGGUUGUGAACAAAUAAUAAUUGAAAAAAAUCAAUAUCUAUUCGAUUUAUACAAAUCAAAUCUUGCUAUUUAUAGUCAAUUUAAAUUGGAUAAUGAAAUGCAACAAUCAUCAUUGUCUUCGGAUGAUGAAUUUUUAAUGUCAGUUUAUAAUAAUACUGAUGAAGGUGCACGAUUAAUAUCAAAAAUGAAAGAACAUGUCGGAGAUAGACAACAUUUAUUGAUGUCAAUCAAACAACAAGCAGAUGAUGCAUGUGCCGCUUUAUUUGCUGUCUAUAUUAAACAUUAUCGUCGAAUUAAUCUUGCUAAAAGAGAAUUAACACGAAUGAAUGAUAAAAAACCUCAUAAUAAACUAUUAUCAAUUUAUGAAUGUGCAAAUGAUGUUAAAAUUUUAUUUGCUACAACAAAAGCACAAGGUGGCAAUUUGGAUGAACUUUAUAAACAAAUUAAAAUGAAUACACAAUUUCUACUUUUACAUGUUAAAGAAACAAAUUUAAUGCCAAUCAUUGAAGAAGAUGAAGAUUUAUCAUCAUUACCAAUUCUAAUAAAUACACAACCAAGAAAACGAGUAUCAUUUCAACGACAAAUUUCACGAUGGUCAAAAGCUAAAUAUGUUCUUCGAUUACUUCGUAAUACAAUUCAAGCAUGUAUACGAUUUAAAAAAUUGAUUUUAGCUAAAAAACAAACUAAAGAAAUACAUAGUAUUGAAAAUAAUUUAAAUCGGUUAAUUGAUGCUUUUGUUUAUGGUGAUUUUUACAAAAGUACAACAUCGAUAAUGAAUGAAGAAAAGAACUUAGAAUUGAACGAACUUUCUCAAUGUAUGUCUCGAUAUUAUGAACGAGCAAUAACACGAUUAAUUACAUAUCGAUUUAUUUAUAAAUUUAUUCAAAAUCUACUAGAAAUCAAUGAUCAAAAUUUUGUUAUAACAAUUUUAAAUCUUUAUCUACCUCAUUUAAGAAAUUCUGAUUUGGAAUGGUCCUAUUUGGAAAAUAUUCAAGCAACAAAUAAUCAUGUUAAAGAACAAAUUAGUAAUACAUAUUAUACAAUUAUUAAAACUAUUUUCUCUUUUAUUUUACAAUUAGUAAUACUAAAACCAAAACUAUUAAUACAAAACAUAUUUAAUUUACUUAAUCUAUCUUAUGAAUCUAUUGAUAUUAUCUAUUUAAAUCAAAAUCAAUUUAUUGAAACAUUAUUUGUAUCAUUUAUUAGUUUGACUAAAGAAUCGAAUCAUAUCAUUUCAUUGGAUAUAAAAUUAACUAUAUAUAAUUGGUUUCGUUUUUAUGUAUUUAAAUUAUGUGAAAAUAUUGAAUUAAAUAAAAGUAAGAGUAUAUCUAAUAAAAUACUAGAACAACAGCAACAAUUUCUAUUUAAUAUACUUAUUUUAAACGAAUUGAAAUUAUUGAAAAAAUUAAAACAAUCAUUAUCAAUUGAUGUCAAUAAUGAAAUUGAUAAUUCAAUAGAAAAUAGAAAAUAUUCGUUAAAUCAUGCUGCAAUCAAUUGGUUUAUUAAAGCAGCAACAACGAUUGAAAAUGAUACAUCAAUUUAUUCAAAUAAAUUAUCAUCGAAUUUUGACAUUGAACUUUAUACAAAUCAAUUAUUAGUACUUAUGCUUCGAUGUAUUUAUUUAUAUGAUAAUGUUCGAUUGAUUUGUGCAAAUAUUGAUUAUAUUAAAGAAUUAUUAUAUAUAUAUCAUAGUAGUAAAAAUCAUGUUACAAUAUUACUUUCUUUAAAAAUUUUACACAAUAUAAUUCUAUUACUACCAGAAAAUGAAACAACAAUUAUUAUUAUGAAAAAUCUAUUAGAUGAACUUUUAUUAUCAAUUGGUAAUAAUUUUACUAAACAGAAUAUGACAUUAGAAAUAAUUAGCGAAUUAAUAAAUAUUUAUCGUACAAUAAUAUCUAUAAAAUCACCAUGGCAAAUGAUAGCAAUACAAUGUAUUUUCAAUAGUAUUGUAUCAUGUAUAAACGAGAUUAAUAUGAAAUCAUGGAAAAUUAUUGACACAAUUGAUAUGAAUCUUGUUUUUGCAUCAUUAUCUAUUUUAGGCGGAUAUAUUUCACCAUACUGUUUAGGUUCUAUUGUCAACGUUUAUCCUAAUGAAGAAAGCAAUGAAUUUGAUUUAGCAUUAAUUAUUGAUAUUAAUACAAAUGAUCGAAAUUCGGACUCGUCUGAAAUUUUGCCAUAUUUUAUUCAAUAUUUACAAACUAAUAAAACUGAAUGGAUUGCAGCUGAAAAAUUACGAAUACAAAUCGAUGUUUUGCCAUCAAAUCUAUUUAUAUCGACAAAUAUCAAUGAUUCAAAUGUUAUGAUACAUUCAUUAUUUGAUGCAUUAGGUUAUGUAAUACAAGUUGAUACAUCAACAACAGAAUCUUUAAUAUUAUUAGAAUUAAAACGUCGUUCAAUAUCAGCUUUAAGUUAUCUAUUAAAUGAUAAAAAACUUGUCGAAAUAUUCAUGGAAAAAUCAUACGUAUCAGUAAUCGCUAAAUUAUCAAUGUAUGAUUCUUUAUUUAAAAAUCAUUCAUUACCUGUUGAUUUACGUUUAUUCAAUCAACAACAUUUAGAACAAUAUUGUUUAAGUUUAGAUACUUGUGUACAAUCUCAACAAAUUAUAGAAAUAGAAAAUGAUAAUUACACUAGUAGUAAUAGUAAUAAUGAAACUACUAAAAAUACAAUAAUCAUGCAAAAUCUAGAUGAGACAUCAUUUACUAUUUGGAAUCAUGAUGAAUUUAAUCCAAAUCCAUUGAUUAUGAAUGCUUUAUCAAUAAGUGCAUUGAAAUAUAAUGGAUGGAAGCCUUAUGCAUCGAAAUCAGAAAUUGAAUUAUUUGAAAAAGGUCGAAUUGGAGAUAAAGAAAUAUCAAUUGUUUCUUUGCCACGUAAUAUUAUCGAUCCUAGUAUAUUGAAAGAGUGUGGUGAUAAGCAUAAAUUCCAAGGAGGACUUUAUUUAACUACUGGUCGUUUAACAGGAAUAUUUCCAACAGUUAUCGUUGAUGAUCUACAAUUGACGGAAGGUAAAUGGUAUUAUUGUGUUCGAUUACCAAUUGGUGGCACUGUUCAAAUUGGUUGGGCAACAACAGGAUUCACGACUGGUUGUUAUAAUGGUCGUGGUGUAGGUGAUGAUAAAUAUUCAUGGUCGUAUGAUGGAUCACGUGGUACUCUCUAUAACGAUGAUGAAUUUCAAUUUUCAUCUGAAGAAAUUCGUUGGAAAAAAGAUGAUAUUUGUGGAUGUGGAAUCGAAAUUGAUAGUGAAAAUAUUCGAAUCAAAUAUUGGUUAAAUGGAAAAUUUUUAGGUACACUUUUUGAACAUCAAGCAAAUAUUGGAACAUCAACAACAAAAUGUAAUAUGUUACCACAUGGACAUGCACACCCAACAUCCUAUUUUCCUGCUGUUUCCUUAAAUGUAUCUUUUCUAAAUUUAGGUUGUAUUGAAUUCAUAUUUAGUCCAGAAGAUAUGACAAAAUGUCCAUUACCAAAUGGAUAUAAACCAUUAUUAGUACCAAAAUUAAUUAAUAUUGAAAAUUCUAUUGUUCCUUAUCCAUACAGAGCCUAUUUAAUUAAUUAUGAUGAUAUACAAAAUUAUGUUCAUAAAAGACAAAAUAUAAAUUCAACCAAUGUUCUAUGUGAUUUGAUUAAUGAAUAUCAUCUUUAUACUUCAUACACUCUUGAUGAUUAUCAAUUACUUUUACCAGAAAAUAAUAGUGGAUUUCCUUUAUCAAUAGUUAAUGAUCGAUCAUCAUUAACUAUCAGCUUUGAUUUUGAAAUUUUAAAUAGAACUUCAAAUCAUACAGAUGAACAAUUUGAUAUUCAAUUAUUUACAUUAGAAACAACUGAAAUAUUUUCCGUACAAAUACCAUUGAAUAUGAUUGAAAAAUCAAUACGAACUGCUAUUGUAAUUUGUUUAGAAGAACAAAAAAUUAAAAUUUAUUUGAAUAAUCUAUGUCAAAUAAUAAAUACUACUAAUGUUGAAAUACAAACAAUGACAAAUUUUAAUUUUCAUAUUUUACCAAAUAUGAAUGCUAGAAUAAAAAAUUUAAGUAUUUGGAAAUAUGCACUCUCUGAAGAAUAUAUUCGACGUCUGUUUACCUAUAGUCUAUCUUAUGUAGCAGUUGAUUAUAAACAAUUAAAUGAAUAUCGACAACAAAUAAAUACAUUUAAAUUUAGUAAAAAUCAACAACAAUUUGAAAAUGAAUUACUUCUUCCAUUUAAUGAAUCAUUUGAAGAAAAUCUAUGGGAAAAAAAGAAAAAACAAGUUGAUAUUGAUGAAUCAAAAUAUUUUAAAACUAUUGAUGAAACUGAUGAAUCAACUAUACAAUUAUUUGGUAAUAAUACUUAUCUCGUUCUUUCAAAAUCUAUUGAACAAUGGUCUGAAUAUACAUUGAUUCUUGAUAUUUCUAUACCUAAUUUUCCGGCAUUAAAUGAACAUUUAACAAUUUUCUCAAUGAAUUCAGAAUCCGGAAUUUAUAUCACACAUAGUGGUAAAAUUUGUCUAUUUAAUGAUGGAAAAGUAAAUCAAAGUAAAAUCAUAUUGAAAUUAAAUGAAUAUAUGCGUUUACUUAUUAUUGUUCAAAAGAAAUAUAUUGAAAUUUAUCUAAAUGGAAUAUUACAGAUACGUUCCAAUAUUGAUAAUGAUCAAUUUCUAUUAAAAACUAAUCGAAUUCAUUUAUUUCAAGAAAUAGAUUUAUUAAUGAAUACUACAAAUGAUGAUAUUGUUCGAAUUGAAUGUAAAUCGAUUACAUUUCUAAAUCGAUUAAUAGAAUCUGAAUGGAUUAACAAACAAAUGAAAUCAUCAAACUAUUCAUUAGUAUCAUUAGUUGCACUACCAUUUUCAUUGAUUGUAUCAAAUUUAAUUGCCAUUGGUUACAAAGACGAAUGGAUAAAAUUAGCAAUAAAAGAGUAUAAUACUACAAAUAGUCAAUUAAUUGACACAAUUAUACGCGAAAAUAAAAACAAAUUUUUAAAAACACAUCAUGACAAUCAACGAAAACAUCAUUUAACCGUUUUGUCAAGAUUAUAUCCAUUGAUUGAACUAGAAAAUAUUUCCAAACUCGAUAAUGAUCAAGAAAUAACAGCCAUAGGUGAAUUUAUAUGUGAUCAGGAAAAUUUGAUAGCAACAUCAAAAUCUUUAAAUCAUUCAAUUAGUAUAGAAAAUAUGGAUGCCAAUGCAUCGGAUGAGAAUAAAGAAGUACAAUGGUAUCAACAAGCUGUUCAUGGUUUAGAUAUACCUAAUAGUAUAUUCGGAUGGAUGAAUGAUAAAACAUUGAAAAGAAAUUUAGAUGAUAUAUAUCAAUUAUUUGAUUUAGAAAAAUCUGAACAACAAUUUACAACUGAAAUAUUAGAUCGACGAAAAAUAAUUCAUAAAUCAAUUCAAUACUCUCAUCAACAAAUAUCACGAAAACAAUAUUUAGAUUCACGUUUUGCUUGUGAACAUGGAUUGAUAUCGAUCUAUGCUCGUAAUACUAUUUUAAAUAUGUUAAAAGUAUGGUCAAAUAAUGAUUCAAAUUUAUUUCCUGUAGAAAAACUUGGUGAUUAUCCAUUUAUUGUAAAAUUAUUACGAUUAUUAGAUUAUCAUUAUACAUAUAGAAGCACGUAUGUAGAUGAAAAUAUUGAUAGAAUAACUGUAUUAAUUCAUUCAAUUCUUCAAUUUGAAGUGAAAGAAUUAAUUAAACAAAUAACUAUUAACAAAGAAAUUACCAUCAAAAUAUUACAAAGUCAUGCUCCACUACUUUAUGAAUUACAAAAAGAUAUUUUUAUUCAAUUGAUUCGUUUCGUAUUAAAACCUUCAUUAUUAUUAUAUGAGUUACACAAUAACGAAUCAUCGAUUAUUGAUGAAGAAAUUAUGAUUCAACAACCAAAUAUGAAUUUCAUUUUCAAAAUAUUAAAUCUCUUUGUUAAAUUAGCAACAGACAAAUCUAUGAAACAAAACGAAAUCGAUAUAUUUCUUCCACUUCUUUUUCGAGUAUCAUUCAUUAAUCUAAUGUUUGAUUUAUUUUUAUUACUUCCAGACUAUCAAUCGAAAAUAUUUAUUCUUCGUCUAUUUGUUACUUUAAUUCGAGCAAGUAAAACUAUCAAUUUAAAUGUACGAUCACAAAAUUUCAUAUUUCAUUUAUUGAUUGAACUAUCAUUAUCUACUACAUCAAUGGUCAGUCCAAUAACACGAACAUUACAAACUGUUGUCAUGGAUUUAACAUUUCUCCUUUUACAAAAACAAUAUUCUCAGAAUAGUAUCACAAUAGAACAACAAGAUAACAAAUUGAAAUUGCCUGAAUUUCCAGAAAAAUUUCGUCAUCUAUUAACAGCUAUCGAUAUUAUCAAUGCUUUAAUUGAUAAAAAUAAACAGCAACAAUAUCUGAAACAAUUUUUGGAACAAUCCUAUAAUAUUUUAGGUCAAAAUCUCAAAAUUACUGACGAUGAUGUUCAAAUUUCAAAUACAUUUUUUGAUGUAUUUGCUGAUCUACAGCUGAUUAGUUUGAUGAAUGAACAUCCAUCAAUGCAUGAUUCAUUUAAUACAUUCAUCUCUGCUUUACCGAACGAAUCAACAUCUUAUCAAGCAUUCUAUAAAAAUUAUCCAUUACUAUUAAAUAUACCACGUAAAUAUAUACAGAUUCGGGCUACACUUUUCUAUCAAUUCAAUAUAUUUAUCGAAAAAACUAUAUCAACACUUGAUUUUAGUUUAUUACCAGGUCAAAGUAUUCUAGUAGAUUAUAUUAGAAUGGUUAAAAAUUAUUUAUUGCAAAAAAGAAAAUUUGCAUGGCUCGAAGAGUCAUUAUUAAAAACUGCAUAUGAAUCUAUUUCUGAACUACCUGAAGUCAAAUUUGAUACAAUUAAAGCUAGUAUUCAUGAUAAUGAAGGAAAGAAUACAAUGUUCAAUCAAGCAUUUGAACAGUUAUAUGAAAAUGCUCAUGAUAUAUUUCGACUAAAGAAUGAACAGUUAUGGCGAGCAACAUAUCUUGAAAUGCAUAGUAUUGAUCAAGGUGGACCUUAUCGUGAUUCAAUAACAGCUAUUUGUUCGGAUAUAUGUAGUACACGUUUACCAUUGUUUAUUUUAUGUCCAAAUGGACAAAUGAAUAAUGGAUUAAAUCGUGAUUGUUGGAUUCCAAAUGUUUUUCCACCAAAUAAACCAAUUUCAAAUAAAUUUAAAAAGCAAUAUCAAUUUAUUGGACAAUUGAUGGGUAUGGCUAUUCGUAAGAAACAUUAUUUAAAUAUAAAAUUUCCACAUUUAUUAUGGAAACAGUUAGUAGGUGAAGAAAUAACUAUGAAAGAUAUUGAAGCAAUUGAUAUACAAAGUUUUGCAAUUAUUAAAGAAAUGGAAAUUAAUAUUGAACAGAAUCAAUCACUCGAUAGUGAUAUUAAUUAUUUAUGUACUAGUAUUAUGAGUGAACUUCGAUUUGAUGUUAUUAGUUCAUCUGGACAAACUUAUGAACUUAUUCCUGAUGGUCAAGAUAUUCCUGUUACUCCAAAAAAUUUUGCAGAAUAUUGUAUACGUUAUCGUGAAUAUCGAUUGAAUGAAUUUCAUCGACCAAUUGAAUACAUUCGACAAGGUUUAUGUAGUAUUAUUCCAUAUGAUUUUUUAACAUUGUUUACAGCUAAUGAACUUGAAGAAGCUGUAUGUGGAAAAGGUGAAAUUGACGUGUUACUAUUAAAACGAAAUACAAUUUAUCUUAGUGAUUAUAAUGAAAAUUCACCACAUAUUCAACGCUUUUGGACUGUUCUUAAUGAAAUGUUCGAUGAAGCACAAAGGAAAUUAUUUCUCAGAUUCGUUUGGGGAAGAAGUACUUUGCCAAGACAAGAUAAAGAUUUUACAUCAAAAUUUAUAAUACAAACAAUUUUUCCUGAUAAUAAUCAUGAAACAGAUCAAAUGCUUCCAAGAGCACACACAUGUUUCUUUACUCUUGAUUUACCUGAAUAUUCAACGACUGAUAUAAUGUAUGAGCGUUUGAAUUACGCUAUAACAAAUUGUUCGAGUAUUGAUGGUGAUGGUAUGAUGGACAACGAGGUCAAUCUAGCAAAUCUAAACGAUGAUGCAGCUUUUGUUGCACAACUGCCAGCAGUUCUAGCAACACUUCUUGGAAGAAAUUCUCCUUUUAACUAA